AUCAUCCUUCAAAUUUCGAUUUCACCGACGAAAUCUAUUUUCGCGAGUCCGGUCCGCUGAGGGCUGUCAUGGGAUGCUCAUGUGCUCCGCCUUCCGACAGAUAUAUAAUCUGGCUGUAAGAGAAACGAGCCGACAUUGACUUUUACAUUAUGGCACUUUUCACACUUCGUUGGGGGAUCAUCUCCACCGGUUGGAUCGCAGAACGCGUUGUUUCGGAUUUGCUUGUUGAUCCUACUACGCGUGGUACCAAUGAUGUGGUGCACAAAGUAACCGCUGUAGGCUCUCGAAGCGUUGAGAAGGCGCAGAAGUUUAUUGAAGAGUUUGUGAACGGCGACAAGACCGUGAAAGCAUAUGGAACGUAUGACGAGGUGUAUGCAGACAAGAAUGUAGACGCUAUUUAUAUCGGUACACCCCACACAUACCACUACACCAAUGCUUUGGACGCACUCAAGGCAAAAAAGCACGUACUAUGCGAGAAACCAGUGACCUGCAACGCCGCCGAGCUGCGCUCACUCAUCGCAACGGCGAAAGAGAAUAACGUCUUCUUCAUGGAGGCAUUAUGGACGCGUUUCCAGCCACUCGCAAUGGAAGUCAAAGAACUUAUCGACUCCGGCGCACUUGGCCUGCCUGUGGUUGUGCAUGCUGAUUUCUCUAACGACUUUGGCAUCAAUAACUUGCCCCUGACUCAUCGCAUGCUCGAUCCCAAGCUCGGUGGGGGUGCGAUUCUUGACCUCGGACCGUAUCCUCUAAUCUGGACAGUUCUUGCUCUCUAUGAACACCCCGCCAAUAAGCGCACGAAACCUUCCAACGUCACCGCCACAAUGUACAAAACACCGAUCACGGGUGUCGACUGCAACACUUCAUACAUCGUCACCUUCUCUCCCAACUCUAGUACAGGCUCUACUCUCGCAGCACAGGCAGUCCUAAGCUGUAGUAUGAACGUAACGUCCCACAACCCAGGGGUUACCAUCCGCUUUGAGAAAGGGACUAUCGUCAUCGACGCGCCCGUACCUUGUCCACUCAGGUAUACUGUUCAAUACUUCCAAGAGGGCCAGCCAGGCAAAAUCGCGCGCGAGGAUAUCCGGACGUUUGAAUACGUUGGUUCGGGCUGGCAUUUCCAAGCCGAUGAGGUUGCACGAUGCGUCAGAGAUGGAAAGCUCGAGAGUGAGCUUUGGAGUCAUGACAAGAGCAUUUUAGAGAUGGAAGUUUUCGAUGAGGUUCGCCGCCAAGGAGGCUACAAAUUUCCUGACGGCGUUGAGAAGGUGGUAUAGGAUCGUCAUCAAAUCAGACGGCAGAGAAGCCAAGAACAACAAAUUCAGCAAGACAUUAUGUAGGUUACACACACGACCAUCUAUACUAUUAUACAAUGAUUCGGAACGAUCUCUUCGCCAUAAAGUCCCGACGCAGGUAUGUGGUUAUCUCAUUCAUUCCUCAGCCUCACCUUCCUCUUCAAACACUGUGGCAGCAGCUUGGCUUGCUGCGAGCCUAGCGGCGCGAGAACGCUCGCUGGCCUCGCGGAUGGCCCACGUAAGUUCAUAUGUCCUGCAGGCAUCUGCAACGAAUAAAUAUCAAACCGUGAGUGAGUGACA